AUGGAUCACAUUGGCAGAGACUGGUACAAGAUUGAGUUCUACUUUGAGGAGGAUGUUGAUUAUGUGCUCAAGCAUAGACCUUGGUUUGUCCAAGGUCAGAUUUUUGCAUUGCAAAGGUGGCCUCCAGAUUUUUCCCCUUUCCAUGCAAUUGUCGAAUCUAUAGUUUGUUUUGUGAGGAUCCCGUUUUUACCGCUCCAUUAUAAGGAUCUAGACGUCCUUAGUGAUAUGGUCUCUAUCCUUGGGACCCUAAUUAGCAUUGACCAAGCUUCCAUGGUGGGUAAGCAAAGCAUGUUUGUUCGAGUAUGUCUAGAAGUGGAUCUAACCAAGCCCUUGAAGCGGUGCUUGAUUUUGGGGGAUAACCCAAAGGAAACUCGUAUCUACAUCAAUUAUGAGGCCCUGAAUGAUUUUGAUGAAGAAGCAAAGGAUGGUAAUACGCAGGAUAGUGUAGAGAAAUAUGUGGGUUGGACGGUGGUGUCCAGUCGCAAAGGGAAAACCAAAGAAGCCGUGAGAGAUGGCAGAACCUUUAUUGAAGUGGCUAGGGGCAUUAAAAUCACUGAAGGGAACUCGGGGAAGAAACUGGUGGAGGAACCAAGCCUAUCUCAGGAAGCUUAUAGCUCUUCUAACGCUUUAGCUUUCCAGAGCCCUAAGAAAAGAACUAGAGAACUCUUUGAAGAAGUCUAG